AUGCAGUAUGGGUCUGUCGACUACAAGAGGGUGACUAAGAUCGAGCUCAACGUGGAGGAGCUCAAGUCUGUCGAGGGAAUACAGCUGUGCUCGUCCUUGACAAGCCUGUCAGUGAACGUCAACCAUCUCAGCAGCCUCGAGCCUCUCCGAGGCCUGUCAAGUUUGCGCCACCUGCAAGUCCGUGAGAACCAGCUGAGUUCCUUGAGCUGCUUGCAAGACCUCCACCAACUUGUGAGCUUGCGAGCGGACGUGAACAGGAUAGCGGAUAUGAAGGGGCUCGCUCCGCUCUCCGCUCUCCGCACCCUUGAGCUUCAGAACAACAACAUCUCCCUGGUGUCCCCCAACGAUUUGCUGGGCUGCUCCUCCCUCGAGAAGCUCGUCCUGUACAGAAAUCAGAUCUCUGCCGUGCAAGGUCUUAACAGCAUGUCACAACUGCUGCAUCUCAACCUCGGCCGCAACAAUCUGUCAGCAGUCGAGGGGUUGGAAGGAUGUCGUAGGUUGGAAGUUCUCAUCAUGUACGAGAACAAGAUUCUUUCAUUCCCAGGUGACUUGAUCUUUGCGUACUUCUCCUCCUGA